CGAUUCUGUCUGCUUGACUUCUCUCGACUUGCCGAUCACCACAACGUAACACUCCAUGACACCUAUCCGCAAACGGCACCACCGCCAGCCUCCGAUGUCCACGUGAGGCUGACCCCUCGCCGGGUCUUGCUACCGGCGGCACGGCACUCGGAGCAGCCUGGCGGGCCAAGAUUGAAGGGGAGAUUCAGUGCCCCGAGCUCAGUUUGGCAAUGGCAGCGUCUGACGACGUUGUCAGCAUGAGAACCCGUGUGCAUGUCUGAUGGGCUAUAUCAUAACGCCUUCGUCUAAUCCUUUAUCCUAGUGAACGCUAUAUUACCCCGCUCAGCACCAACGAACUUAACGUACUCAUCCCCCUAUUCUACCGCUCUUCCACCCGUUCCACCAUGACCAGCCACCAACCCAUCAACGCCGCCAAGGCUGAAGGCAUCAAACACACCACUCUCUACGACGGCCGCAAGGCUUCCCAUCGCCUCCAUGUCCUCGUCGUAGGUUGUGGGAUGGGCGGGCUGGCCGCCGCCCACUGCCUCGGCCAAGCCGGGCACAAGGUCACCCUCUUCGAGUCUGCUGCCUCCAUAAGCGAGGUCGGUGCCGGCAUUCAAGUCACCCCCAACGUCUCCCGACUUCUGCGAAGGUGGGGCGCUGGAGAAGCCCUCGAGCGCGUUACCGUCCGUCCGGAGGCGCUGGUGUUCCGUCGGUACGAGGAUGGGGACCGAGUAGCGUAUACCCGCCUCUCAAACAUGGAGGAACAGUACGGUGCGCCAUACUACCACAUCCACCGCGCGGACCUCCACAAGAUCCUGUACGACCUCGCGGCUCCAUUCAUGACGCUCCGGCUCAAGGCGACGGUGGUCGGGGUCGACCCGAACACGCCCUCGGUUACCCUCGCGUCCGGGGAAGUCGUGCGUGGGGACCUGAUCAUCGGCGCAGACGGCGUGAAGAGCCUUAUCCAGGGCGUCGUGCUCGGGCACACGAACCCGGCCGAGCCGACCGGAGAUGCGGCCUACCGCGCCAUCAUUCCCUCCCACCUGCUCCUGAACGAUCCCGAUCUGAAGGGGCUCGUCGACAUUCCCGAGAUGACGGGAUGGAUGGGCCCGGGCAGACACAUUAUGGCGUACAGUAUCCGCGCGAGGAAGGAGUACAACCUCGUUCUCAUUCACCCGGACAACGGUUCUGUCGAGUCCUGGAACGCGGAAGGCAGCGCGGACAGGAUGCGUGCCGACUUUGCCGACUUUGAGCCGCGCAUCCGGAAGUUGCUUAGCUUCGUGGACUCGACGCUCAAGUGGCGGCUCAUGGACCGCCAGCCGCUCAAGACGUGGAUUCACCCCUCGUCCAAGGUCGUCCUGCUGGGCGACGCCUGCCACCCUAUGCUCCCUUACCGCGCGCAAGGCGCCGCGAUGGCGAUCGAAGAUGCCGCCGUGCUCGGGAACCUACUGUCGCGCCUAACCGACGCCGCGCAGCUGAAGACGCUCAUCCAGGCCUACGAGGACCUGCGCCUCCCGCGCACCGCGGAGACGCAACGGCAAUCCCGCCUGAACCAGAAGAUCUUCCACCUCCCGGACGGGCCCGAGCAGGAGAAGCGCGACGCGGGCAUGCGCCAAGCCAUGGAGGCGGAGCUGCGCAAGAUGCAAGGCAGCGCGAACGGCACCUCGGAAGACGCGCUCGAGGGCAGCCCGAACCAGUGGGCAGACCCGAAGAAGAACACGGCGCAGUUCGCGUACGAUGCGGACGCAGCGGUCGAGCGCUGGUGGCGCACGAUGGGCGAGCGGAGCGUCGGGCCAGCGUUCGAGCGGGUGGAGCACAAGCUGUAGGGCGUGGUGUGCUUCGCGCGGGGACUUCGUGCUUUGGCAGGCGGGUGUCCCCGCUGUGCGGCGUCGGCGUCGGUGCGGAGAUAUAUGGGGACGAUAGACGGUCACGAGUCGGUGCACGACAGUUACGAGUUGCAUGAUAGGCUGACCCCGGAUCAGGAUGUAUAUUAUAGGACUCUAGGAGGCCCGGAUCUAUUAUUUCACGAC